UUGAAUUAAAUAUGCCCGUAUUUGUUAUAAUCAUUUGAGUAGAUAGUUAGAAAAAAUGCUUUUUGGACUGGUUUUGAACUGUAUAUCAAUGCCUUUUGACUGCAAUAAAACUAAUACCCAGAUCCAUUCAAUAUUUUCCAAAUUAAUAUUUUUUUUUAAUCAGUAUUUACAACUUCAGUAAAAAUCACAGUAAAGCAACACCAUUACAGUUUACCAUGAAGUACAUGGUAGUGCUGCUGGGCUCAUUGGUGGCUUUCACCCUACUCCUAAUGGGCUUCGUUUACUCGAGGAGUACCUUGGAGAUCCAACUGACCAAGACCAGCUAUUUCAAGAAUGUAAAGAAUAAAGUAACCAGUGACAUGCUGAAGGAGACCAAGAGCAGCAUUGAUGAUACCAACAAGAGGCUGAUGCAACAAAGGAAAAGGAUUCAGGAACUUACAAAACAAAUCAAAACUGUUCAGGAGGCUGUAGACGGGAAAAAAGCUGAGCUGAACACAUGCAACAAUGAUCUGAGUCAGAUCAAGGAUGAAAUUGCUUCUCUAAAAGAAACGAGAAGCAAAUCUCACACUGAGUUUCAGCAGAAGAAGUCCGAUUUAAAUGAGCAGAUAGACAAACUCAAGACAGAACUUGAGAAACGCAGCAAUCUGUGUAACUACAUCAACAAGCGCUCCGUAGAGGGGAUGAAACUUUGUGGUAUUGUAGCUGUUCUACAAGCAGAGUAAAAUCCUAAAGUUGUUGAAGCAGCCUAAUGAGAGGCAAAGGCAGGAGCUACAACGACACGUCAAGUGGUUGAAGUUUUGAGGGCAGAGAAGUAUAUAGGUGUUACAGUGCAGGACAAAGGCGAGUGAGGAUCCAAAUGCAGAUUAGUUUAAUUAUUCAAAACACAAGAAAGCAGCUGAACAGACAGGCAGACAGGGCAAGGCAACAAACAGGGCUAACAGGAACCGGGAACAGGCACACCAACAUCCAACAUGUAAUAAAGACCAACAACAGGGACGUGAACAAACAGGGUAUAAAUAACAGACAAGAACCAAUCACAGAGCAGAACUAAUUAGAGACAAAGACAACACACCUGAAGGAGAGAAGGAGUACAAUUAAUGUCCAUGGAAACCAAAGAGUGGGCGGAGCAAACAAUUAACCACAGGGAAAGACAACAGACAGAAACAGGACAGAAACACAGACAGACUCAUUACAAUAGGGCCUGGGUUAUAUAUAUAUAUAUAUAUAUAUAUAUAUAUAUAUAUAUAUAUAUAUAUAUAUAUAUAUAUAUAUAUAUCAAAAGGAAAACAUGCACACAUACACAGGCAGACCUAAAGUAUGUACAGACACAAAUACAAGUUAUACUUGAAUAGAUUUCAUUCUAUUACUUGGUCAAUCAUUAAAUACCCUGAUAUGUUGUCUGCUUUUCUUCUUUUUUGUGAGCUUCUUUUUUUUGUCAUUUCAGAAUAGAUAUUUUUGUAUUUAGUGAACAUUCAAUUGCUACAAUUGUAUUUUAUGUAUUAAGUUAUACAUCACAUUAAGAGGAUUACUACUCAUUGUCAACAAUGAUCUGUGAGGACAUGUAUAUGUGGAUUAAAUAAAUUUGUCAUGUUAGAAUAUGAAAAGUUUUAUUUAUUUUUUUCUUUUAUUUCUUUUCAUUCUUUUCAUAUUUAUGCUGUUUUUCAAUGUACAUUCUAGAAUG